CUCGUUCCCCGCAGCCCCGGACUGCGUUCCGGCUCCAGCCCGCCUUCACAGCCGCCCGAUGAGAGCAAGGCCCCUCACUCCGAGCACCCCCGUCCUCUCCAAGGCCCGAGCCAUCGACAUCGUGUGACGCUGACCGACUGCAGCUCCGAACGGCAGGAGCUUGAGGCUAAACCCGUCUAGAAGGUCGGCGAGUUUUCCCGGGUGCCAGCAUGGAAAAGAGUUUGGCCGGCUCGGCAACGGGUGCGGGCAGGGCGGCGGUGCUGCACUGCUCCAGGCCUCCAGCCUUCGCACCAGAGCCGGCUCCCACCAACAAAGUGCCGCUUCUCAACCCGUUCCUCAAGAAGAAACACGCCCAGAGGCAGCUGGAGGCAAGGAACCUCCGAGCUCUAGGAUUGAUCCUCACCAGUUUGCUGCGAUCGGGCAAAUUAAGCGACGGGGUUUUUCUCACCCGCAGCUGCGAAGCAAAUCGGACUAGUUUAUUUGAACCUUUGAAAAAUGACUCUGAGAAUCAGGCAUGCUCUAAAUCUGCAAAUGGUGCUUCCACACGAAUUCCGUCAGCAGGGAACAUUGACCAGAUGCGGCAACUGCCAGUGGUUCAGCACGGUGCCCAAGAGCCUGGGGGCCCCGCCGAUGACUCCUUCUCCAGCGAGGCAUCUGCAAUGAUCUCCACUGCUGCAAACUUGCCAUUCCAGAUCUCGACACAUUCCACCCGAGAUGUCACCACAGAGUGCUUCGACAUUACGGGCCAGCCUCACGUCAAUAGCUUGUAUCAAAGCCCCUUGUGUCCAGAUUUGCCUAACCAAGUUACGGCCGAAAAAGAUUUUAAAACUGGGAUUUUUCAGGAUAAGAGCGAGGAGGCAUCAAUCGACCUCGUCUUUGAUCUUUUGACCCAGUUACAGUAUCACACUCAUCAGGACGAUGGAAUAGAAAUAUGUGAAGAAUUUUUACAGGGAAUUUGUGCUUAUGGAAAUGACUGUCCAAAACAUCACACCGUGCUACCUUAUCAAUGGCAACUGAAAAAUAUUAUAACUCAGACCUGGCAGGCAGUGCCAGACGAGGCACAGGAACAUUUGGAAAGGCUCUACUGCAAUCCUGACAAUGACCAAGUUAAGCUCCUAUAUCAGGGCCGUGUCUUCUCACUGGACUUUAACUUAAUGGCAGUCUGUGAUGUAGAAUUUAACCAUGUGAGAAGACUGUCUACUGCCUCUGUAGCACGUUCUGGCUCACAAUUUCACACUGUUUGGAAAUACUACUGCAGAGAACACUUUGGCUGGAGAGAAUAUUCUGAGGCAGUUGUUCGAUGCAUUGAGGAAGCCUCAUCUCGAGGCAUGAGUGAGAUUUGUUUCGUGAUGCAGCAAAAUCGGUACAUCCUGAAUUUAAUGGAGGGCUUUCAGCAAAAUGCUGUCUUUGGCACUCGGCGACGAAUUACCCGCCGACCCCUAUUUCGCUCCGCUGUCUUGCUGAUACCCUGUUUACAAACUUUGGGUGGCACAACAGCCACUCUUGCAAAGUUACCAGAAGGAUCCAUUUCUCCACAUAUUGAUUUUCCUGCUGUGACACCCUUUUCAAAAGUCUAUCCUGAAACUUGGAUUUCAAUGGAACUAUUAGAGGAUUUCAUUCAAGUGCCGGUUUCUAUAGAAGACAAAAGCUACAGGACUGUGUAUAACCUUUUCCACAAAACGAUACCUGAAACUAAAUUUAAGAUUUUGAAUAUACUAAGAGUACAAAAUCCAUAUCUUUGGGAGAAGUAUAAAAGGAAAAAGGAGUACAUGUCACGAAAGAUGUCUGAAAUGGAUAAGAUCCUAAAUGAAAGACAUCUAUUUCAUGGGACCUCCCAGGAUGCAGUGGAUGCAAUCUGUAAACACAACUUUGAUCCCAGGGUGUGUGGAAAACAUGCCACUAUGUUUGGACAAGGCAGUUAUUUUGCAAGAAAGGCAAGCUAUUCUCACAACUUUUCAAAGAAGUCGCCAGAAGGUGUUCAUUUUAUGUUCUUAGCAAAAGUUCUUAUUGGGAAGUACACAUUGGGCAAACCUACAAUGCGGAGACCACCACCACAAUCUCCUGCUGACCCUUCCAGUGAUUUGUAUGAUUCCUGUGUGGAUAACUGUAUAGAACCUCAGAUUUUUGUAAUCUUUAAUGAUGAUCAGAGCUUCCCUUACUUCAUUAUUCAAUAUGAGGAAGUUGGAAGUACAGUAUGUCUUUGAUGAAUAAAGACUGGAGAUGCCUCAAUGAACUGAACUAAUGUACACACUAUAGACUUGUAUGUGAAAACUGAAUUUACUGAUGACCUAAAUGACUCACUAAAUUGCCAGCUACUGUGAGACUUCUGCACUAGCCUUGACAAGUGUAUAUAACUAAACUUUGCCUUGAACAUUGUUCAACUGUUUUAUGUGCCUCUUUGUGAAUGUGUAUUUAUAUAGAAAAAAAGUUGCUCAUUUUUAAUUCUGAAGUAUUUGAGAAAAAUGUAUACUUGACCCGAGUACAGUAGUUUAUUUUUAAUUAUCAGAAGCUAAAGUGUGGAAAUUAAAUGUUGACCAUUUUUUUAAACCAAAGUUUUUAUGUUGAGAUAUUGAUGGUGAUUUCAGUAAAAUGUAGCAACUGCCAGAGGUGCAGAGGAAAAGGCAAUGCAUUAUGCUUACCUCACUUGCAAGAGAUAAGAUCUGCCACAACAUUCAUGUCAUCUGCCACAGGAAAGGAAGCCCUUACCGUGAGAAAGGCCCACUUGAUACUUUCUCAGAGCUGUGAAUUGUGAAGUUUGGUUCUUUGGUCCUUUGGUCCAGUUUCUCCUUUCUUUCCCCCCCCCCCCCCCCCCCCAAAGAAACCAACAUACAGCAGCUGGGGAUGCUUUACUAAUGGCUAGAAAUGGAAGUGUAGACGUUGAUUGUAUACUGCUUUAUUUAGCAAUCAAAGAAAGUUUUUUUUUUAAACUGAACAGACCAUUAUUGAAUUAAUACCAAAAUUGUUUUAUAAUCCUAAUCUUAAAUUUUUCUUUGGCUGUACAUAGUAAUGAAAUAAUGGUGCAGUUGUUCAAACCGCAACAUUAACCUGCAAUGUCAAUGUGGGUCUGUUGGGUUUGAUUGUAAAAUUAAUGGCAAGAACCUGAGUGUAAGACUCAUUUGGCCCAAAACUGAGAACCUAACUGUCCUUACUAGUAUCCAUGUUACAUAGUUUGUUAACCUGAUCUGAAGGAAAGUCUGUUACAGUAACUGAAACAGGCCUGUUGGCCUCAAAUGUCAUUGGAUUACAUUAUGGAAGUGACUGUAAACACAAGCAAAUCGUAUCAUUCUAGUUAACUUAUUCAAGAACCUCUGGGAGUGGUGCACUUCCAAGCAUAAAUGCCAAGCUAUUAGCAGACAAAUUUUGAAGGAAUUUGCUUGUUUCCAAUUACUUUGUCUCAUGAAUUAUUUCACUUUGAAACAAUGCUGAAUUUUGGAAGUUACAGUGCCAUUGAGUAGCUGCUGCUUUUAAUAUAAUAAAACAAAUUAUGAUCUGGCUAAAUAUGCCAGCACCAUUUA